AAACCAUAUCCAGUUGCUUGAGUAACUACUUUUUGGUGUAUUCCCAGACUUACAUAAUUACUAGUAUAUAAAGCCUAGAUAGUACUUUAGAUAGUGUCACCGGAUGGAUGAACUGAACUGAACUGAGUACCUGGAGAUGGAUCAUAUGCAGGGCUAGCUACACAAAACCCUUGACAACGGGGAGUAAACAGGUACUUAUCGCCCUUCCCACCCUUCCCAUCCUGCAUUCUUUCAUCUCCGAUCCCUAAAUGAACAUCUCUAGACGCUGAUCGCCCUUACCAGAAGCUCCGACUAUCGCACGUCAUCAGGAGGGGAACAAGAAGAUAGAAGACAGCCACAAGGAGUUUUGAUUGCCGCUGUCCAGGCCUAUUUUGGACUGCAGAUCCGGUCCGACUCCUGUUAUAGAGAGAGUGACAGCUGAAUGGGGUCCACGUUCAGCCGGAAGUGGUUCGGACUCACCCACCUGGGCAGGUCGGAGGUAGAGGAGGAGUUCCACACGAGUGACGUCAUGACGACUUGCCGCGUCAUCACUGUGGCCCCACGGGAAGACCCGUUCCCCCAGCAGGGGUCGGAGUCCCAGGGGGAGCUGGCCUGGUUCAACAUCCACCUCAAGCCGCUGGCGCGGGGAGGCAUGGUCACGGUCAGGAUGUUCCGCAAGUUCGCCAAGGAUAUGGAGCAAACAUUUGCUGCUAAGUGGUUUAGUCUCCUGGACAAAGAGGGUUCAGGAAAACUCAGUAUCCAGGUCGUCAUCGGAGGAUUGAGCAGGCUGGCAAGUCACGAGCGGCGGCUGAGACUGUUGAAGUGGCUGGAGGACGGACUGGCCGACUUCUGCACGGAGAACCUUCUCAUCACCCCGGACAGGCUCAGGAGGUUCUUCCUGACAAAGGGGACAGUGGAGAAGUUGUUCGGCCUGACUGACGUUGACGGUGACGGGCGGAUCCCUCUGCAGGAGUUACUGGGCCGACUCAGCCUGCUGCCGAAUAUCGACAACACAGCCAAGUACCAAGCCUGGUUGGAGUACCGCUUCGGACUGAUCGUGGGACCGGGGACAACCAUCAGCAUGGAGAGAUUCAAAGCUGAGCUUAAGUCUCAGCAACAUGUUGGGUCGUUCCUGGCUGAACAGCUCUUCCACGUGUUGAACAAGGACGGCAGUUCAGAGCUGAAGCUGAGUGACUUGAUGGCCGGACUGUCCUGUCUUCUGACCGGAUCAGAGGAGGAAAAAGCCAGGCUGCUGUUCCAGGUCUAUGAUGUUAACGGAAACGGGUCCAUAGAUCGCGGCGAGUUGAAGCUGGUGCUGAGCUCCUGUAUGGAGGAGGGUGCCUUUAGUGACGACCAAAUCUCCGACCUGACCGAAGCGCUGUUCGAGGACGCAGACUCGGAUUGCUCCGGCGCCAUCACCUACAUCGAGUUUCUGGAGGAAAUGUCUCGACAGCUGGAACUACUGGACUGCCUGGCUCUGAGUGUGGUCUACUGCGCCGAGCCAGUGCUUGAGGUAAAGGCGAAGUCCAGUCCCCUCCUGGGCGGCAUGCUGUCGGUGCAGGCGGUGCGGAACCAUCUCCGCACGGUGGUGGCGGUGGCGCUGUACGUGGUGCUGAACGUGGCGCUGCUGUGUUACGCCGCCAUCCAGUACCAACCCAACGUCGCCAUGAUCGUGGCUAAGGGAUGUGGACAGUGUCUGAACCUGAACAGCAUGUUCGCGCUCCUGCUGAUGCUACGGAAGAUGUUGUCCUACAUGCGCUCAACGCCGGUCGGCCGAUAUCUGCCCCUGGACCAGCACAUCGCCUUCCACAAGGUCAUCGGAGUCAUGAUCCUGGUCUUCAGCCUGUUACACACCAUAGCGCAUGUCUACAACUUUGUGAAGCUGACGGAGACGACCCCGCACACGCUGAUGGAGUACAUGUUGGGAACAAAUCUGGGUAUCGGCUGGGUGUCCGGCAGUGCCAGCAUGACAGGCUGGGUGUUACUGUGGCUCCUGCUGGUCAUCACGCUCUCCAGUACCAGCCUGGUGAGGAACAGUGGACACUUCCAGUGGUUCUACUGGAUCCACCAGCUGACCAUCCCGUGGUUCGUGCUGCUGGUGAUCCACGCCGAGUCGUUCUGGCUGUGGCUGCUGCUGCCCGGCCUCUUCUACGUCAUCGAAAGAGUUCUCCGCACAAAGAUGGCGCGGGUGACGCGCUACGGACACAUGUCCAUCCAGCAAGGGAUUGUUCUACCCUCAAAGGUGGUGCACGUGGUGGUGUCCCGUCCCAGAAACUUCAAGUUCCAGCCGGGGGAUUACGUGUACCUGUGCGUUCCCGCCAUAGCCGCGCACGAGUGGCACCCUUUCACCAUCAGCAGCGCUCCGGAGCAGGACGGGACGUUGUGGUUCCACAUCCGGGCGGUAGGCACGUGGACCAGCCGGCUGUACGGGCUGUUCGAGCAGCAUACGGAGCGGCUGCGUCAGAGCACCCCCCAGCAGCGGUACGACUCCCUGGAGUCCAUCAUGAACUCUAACUCCCUGGGGAGCGGAGUGUUACCAGAGAUCCAGAGGAGUUCCUCCUCUCACUUCACCUCCACCUCGGAUCCUAGUGGCGACUCCGAGUACAAGAACGUCUUCACCCUGGCUCCAACCAAACCGCGCGCGAACAAAGUUUCCAGAGACAGUGGGGUUUACCUGUGUGAGACUACCAACGUUAACAUUGCAGACGGGACCAGGAAAGUGUCGGACACGGCGUCUGUGUUGGUCGCCGAAGGGAUGCCUCCGAUGGAGAGGAACGAUUCUCGCAUGUCGUGUUCCUCGCUAGGUCAGGACUUCUCGCACAUGUUCAGACCCCCCACCGUGGUGAACUUGGCGGACGGAUUUUUCGAUACCGAAUUUGAGGUGUACAUGGAUGGCCCGUACGGCGCACCGUCCACCCGAAUCUUCGAAGCGGAGCACGCGGUGCUGGUGGGUGCCGGGAUAGGAGUCACGCCAUUCGCGUCCAUCCUGCAGAGCAUCGUGCACCGGUACCGCCGGGCACGGCAGACAUGUCCCCGGUGCAGGCACGCCUGGACCGCCGAAACACACAGGAACUUCCUCACAUUGAAAAAGGUUGACUUCUUCUGGAUCAACCGAGACCACAAGUCGUUUGAGUGGUUCAUCAGCCUGCUGAGUCAGCUGGAGAUCGAGCAGUCCGAGAUGGGCAACUUCGAGAGGAACUUCCUGGAGAUGCACAUGUACAUGACGUCUAUGUAUGGCCGUACGGACUCCAAAGCUAUCGGGUUGAGGAUGGCCAUGUACCUGACACACAAGAAGGAGAAACGGGACCUUAUCACGGGCCUGAAGACACGGACACAGGCCGGGAGGCCGGACUGGGACAAGGUGUUCCGGCGUCUGGACGCGGAGAAGUGCGGAAAAGUGACGGUGUUCUUCUGCGGAUCGGCCCAGCUGGGGAAGGUGCUGCAGAAAAAGUGCAUGGAACACGGCUUCGAGUUCUGUCAGGAAAACUUCUCCUGAACAAGCAACAUGACAACUUUAGUUGAUGUAAUUUGGUAUUAGUUGUGAAGCUACUACUACUACUAAGUUAUUGUUGUAAAUACAUUUUCAGUGGACAAUGCCUUCAUCUCAAAGUCUGGCGAUGUUUUGAUGCCUAAUUAUAAAGUUAAACAAACUAUAAAAAGCAAUAAUUACUAACAAAUAUAUGCAGGUGUAUAAUAGACGAUGGAGAUUGAUUGAAUGUUAUUUUAUCGAACUGUAUUACGUGUCAAUAGGAUAAAGUUUAUAUGGAAUGGGGAAUGGACAAGAGGAGAGUAUCCUCAUCAGUUUGUAAAAAAGUAACGUUACAGGGUUUGGAGGAAAGUCUACAGUCUUAAUUUAUCUAUAAUGAACUUUGUUCUGACCUUAAUAAAAGAUUCUAUCAGAA